UUCACUUCCUUCCUUGAGGUCCCUUAAGCGAGCGUGUGUUGUUGUAAUAUUAUGCUUUGGGCAAUAUUUGUUUCUCCUUUAAUAAGGGGAAGGCCCUGUUGAGAGACCAUAAGACACGCUUAGAAUGAGCAUGGAUUGAGAAUCUGGAAAAUCUGUAGAUACAAGUGAGCUAAUGUUGUUUAUUGCUAAUAUUCUGCACAAGCUUAAUUGAAUUUUGAGGGGGAAAUCUUACGGGGAUUUAGUAUAGAAUCUACCGCAAAGGCAACGCUUGAACAACUUUUGUAGUAAGGCCUCCUUUAAGUAUGUAUAUUUUCUUGUGCAGCUUGUAUUCUCUACGUUUAUUUAGGCAAAUAUACGUUUGAUGAUUUAGUAAUAAAGGACUAAAAUAAAGAAGAUUAUUGUAUUCUGUACCACAUUAGCAAUCAACUUAGGGGUAUUUACAGUAGAUAGUACUGUUUUUUGGGGCUUAAGUUCUUUACCGACUUGAGACUCUUCCUUACAGAAUAUAAAUGAAUAUGUAGCUGCAUUAAUUGCACUGAAGCAAAAAAUGAUUGACGGAGAUCGUUUACUGACAGAAUAUCAACAGAAAUGCACUGAUAUCCUUUGUCUAGUAGUGUCCUUACAGAAUUAGUAUACUUACAACAUUUCUUAUAAGAGUACUUGAGACUUUUUAUUUAAGGUUUAAGUUAAAAGGUGAUGUUUCCAGUGAAGAACAAACUGGGUAGGUUUUGUAAAGAAAAUAGGCCUUUGGAAUUAAAACUAUCCACUUUAGAUCUGCAUGUGUCUAAUACAUGAUUCAAGAUGGUCUAUUUGAAAUCUGUAUUACUGAGAAUUACUCUUUCUUCCACAUAACAGAAGCAGCUCUGCUUAUUCACUUCAAGUGUAUUGAAAUGUAUGUAUUAAACACUUAAUUGUGCAAGUCUUGUGGAGUUUUUGUAUGAGGAAGUCUUUAUUGGAUGUUUCUUUGCAAGUGGCAAUUAGGUUGAACUAUAUUUAAGGACAUUUGAUGAACUGUUUUUAAUUUCUACCUUAACAAGAGAUUACAGCUUCAAUUUGCUGAACGAGCUCUCUCAAGAUUUAUCGUGAGAGUCAACUGGAAUAUGCUAAAAUUAAAGAAGAAAUAGUAAACAGUGAUGCUAUGAGAAAGAAACUGGAAACAAAAGUGAAAAAGCUUGAAGAGGCUGCAACAAAGCAUACGCAGGAGUUCAGACAACUGAAAACUGAAAAGAAAAGGCUUGAAAAGGAGCUUAAGAAGGCACAAGGAAAACUUGAUGGUGUAUUUAAAGAGAAGUGCAGAAAAGUUAAACAUGCAGAGACCCAGAGUUCAAGUGAAGAUCUUAAAACAGACAUAGACAAAGUAAAAGUGAGGCUCUUGUUAGAAGAACUCUGGAUGUGCAUUGACAGUGCAACAGAAAAAAGAGAGAAUGAGGAAAAUCAACCUGUCUUGGCUUCUAUUCAGGAUAAGACAUGGUCUGAAAAAAGAAGACUGACUAUCACAGAAGACACUUUACAAAUCCCCCAAAAGAUCAGAAAGUGUGAUGGCAAAACAGUACCAUGGUAUUCUUCAGUGGAAAGUGCUGUAAAGCAGAAUUCUGUAACAGCCAUGCAACUUCAAGCAAGUACUGAGCCUUUUGGAGAUGAUUGUGUUGAGAACAAAACUACUGAAGAAUGCCUGCAUAGCAGUGAGGAUAAAAAUGUUGAUGUGAUUAUACAGACAGGCGGGGAGCACAGCACUUCAGGCUUCUCUGAUCAGGAGCAAAAGGGCUCAGGUGGAAAUGUGAUGGAUAUACUGAAUUGGGCUAGGCCUCUCCCUGCUUUACUUUCUCCAGUACAGCUUUCACCACUGACUACACAGGAUAUGUUGUUUGGAGAAGUCACUGGUUCCAGUGAUGAAGAAGGUGAUUGCAGUGCUUCUGCAGUAGAAGAUAUUUUACAAGAAGACCAAGUUCAGCCUCUGAGUUGUAAUGUAGUCAGCCUCAAUGAGGAGUGCAACAGACAGAGUAAAUCAUGUGAGCACGGUCUUAAUGCAGAAAUCUCACUUAAUCUGAGUUGGAAUGAAAAGAACAUUCAUAUCAGUCCAAAGAUGUCAAGCAAGGAGGAGAGAGAUGCUGAAAUAAAGCAAGCUGAAGCUGCUACUUUAAUUACAAACAUGGAAACUAACAAAGAUUGUUGGGAGGAGAAUUCUGAGAAUAUGGAAGCUGAGAACAGAGAAUUAACUGAAGCAACAGCACAUGAAGUGGAAGACAUCGAACAGGAAGGAGAUAGUGAGGACAUGUACAGUGAAGAGGGAGGUUCUUUAGCUCAUUUUAUGUUACAAAGUUUCAAGCCUCAGAAUCUGAUGGAAAAAAGUAGUGAGCAAACAAAGGAGAAUGUAACUUUAAUCAGAGGUGUUAAUAAUAAUGAGGAUACACAUGAAAAGCAUAAUGAAUUAAUGAAAGCAAAAGGCCAAGGAUUAUUAGGAGAGAGAGGAACUCCCAGGAAAGUAUCUGUUCCUCAAAGUAUUACUCAUUUGCCAGCUGAGCAAUGCAUUGUGCUUCAAAGUGAAGAUUCUGAGGAGAAAUCUGGUGUGUUGAUACAGAAUGAAGUUGUGGAAUAUGAAUCAAAAAAUUUAAUCAAAGUAACUAAUACGGCUGGAGCUAUUGAGAUCUCUGCACACUCGCAGUGCUCUGAAAUAAAACAUGACAGUGAAGAGAUACUGGAGAAACAACAUGUGCAAACAAUAAAAGAUGAAGUGAGCAGAGAAUGUGAACCAGAGACUGUUAAAGUCUCUAGGCAUUUCCUACCUGUAUCUGCUAUUGAAGGAAUCAGAAAUCUCUUGUCAGCCUCUCCAAAAGAUGAUGAACAGCUCAAAAGUGAAGACAUGAAUGUAACCAGAGCUCCAACUAUUGAACUAGCCAUGAAAUUUAACAGAGGAAGUGUUCUAGAAAUAGCUGAAUCAUCAGAGUUACUCCAUAGUACAGAAAAUGGAAAGUUAUUAGGCAUAAAGAAGGGGGAAUAUUUGAAAAGCAAACCGCAUCAGGAAGAAAAUUAUAGUAAUUUAUCUCAAGGGAAGUCAGACUUGGAAAGUAUACUUGCACUACCAACGACAGCAUGCAUUAUCGAUGCAGGAAGCAGUGUAGCUAAGUGUGAAUCCUCUGUGUUAGGUUUUACAGAAGUGAAAGGUGAAAUAAAACAAUCUGAAAACUUGUAUAGUACAUUAGAAUGGGAGCAGUCCAAAACUCAAAACUUUAGGGAGCUUGAAUCUCAAGGGACUCAAUUCAAAGUUAAUCCAGAAGAUUUUGGAGAGGAAAGUGGUGAGCUGUUAUCAAGAGGGGAUUCUAUUGAAUCUAUCUUAGUAGAAAGUAAUCUUACUUCUCAGGCACAGUUUGCAAAACCUCUGAAUCAGUUCUUGAUAACUGAAAAUGUUAAAUGUGAUGAAAUAAAAGGGGAAUUAAAUAUGGUGACUGAGACUUGCUCCAGUUUAUUUAACUGUGAAAAGAAUGCUGUGAAGCAAAAUAAUUUUUCAGGGAUCAUCUGCCAGCCUACUUCAGAAAUGGAUUAUAAAAGUGACUUGGCUUUUUCUACUCAAGAGGACUUGAAGAAUCACUGUAUAAGUAAUGAAGAAACAGAUUCUCCUGUGCAAGUGGGAAUUGGCUUGGAAUCCACAAGGCCUCCUGAUCUAAAUUUCAGUCUUCUGAAAGUUGUUGAUUUAGUUGAAACUAAUGUCACAGGAAAGGCUACUUUUUCUUGUACAUGGGAAAACAAGGGAGACACAAAUUGUGUUACGGGUAAUACAUUUAACUGUUCUUCAGAAAGCUUGGAAGAGAGUGCUGAGAUCCUGUCUGCUGAAAAAGGCAACGUGUGCAAAGAACUGGGCUGCCUUGAGAGGGGAUACAUACACAUAAAUGAAGUGAAAAUUCCAGAUAAGGAGCAAACAGUAGAUAAAGAACCUCAGGCAUCUGUUAAAUCACAGAUCUUGGAUGCAAACUCUUAUGAGAAGAAUGCUUUUCUCCUCCAAAAGUUUGAUUGUCAAGAAUCAGGAUGCAGAACUUCUACAUGGGAGGUUAGAACAGAUCCUUCUAGAACUGGUUCACUAUUAGCUGGAGGAGAAAGCAAAGAACUGAAUAGUUCUGAGGGAUCUGGGGAAUAUGCCCUUGAAAGGUGUAAAAAUGAUUUUGAUAGGUCAGAGCAGAGCAAUGACUUUGAAGAGAAAGACUGUUCUAUACAAAAAGUUAUGUAUGUGAAAUGUUCUAAAUGUGGUCCCACGUUCAGAAAGGAACUGAGAGCUUCCAACGGAAUUGCAGUGGGUGCUCUGGAAACUAGUGCAAUUGUUGAUGCUGAUUAUCAAGUGUGUGAACUUCAUUCAGUGAUGCACCCAGGAAAUACUUUUACAGUUAGUCAUCUAAAAGCAGACACUAUGGUGGAUAUGGAUCCAUGCUGUGAACCAAACAGCUCUGGAGAUACUGCAAAUGAGUGGUCAAGUGUGGCUGGGGAGAGUUAUCCUAAAAACUCAGCCUCUUGGAAAAGGAAGUUGGUAUUAGUAACCUCUGAAAAUACUGAGGGUGAUAAUGAACUCGUAGAUUCUAGCAUUGCUGGAUGCAUUAAUGGCAGUGAGGAAAGUCUGAUAAAAACUGGGACAUCAAAAGAAAGCCCUGUGAUGCCAAGUGCUUCAAAAAAUAGAUUACCACUAUGCAAGAUGUUAACCAGAUUCUCAGAAAAUUGCAGGCUGACUGUAAAAACCAGUAAAUUAAAUACAAGAGUGUUAGCGCUUGGCAAUUUCUUAGAAGGAAAUGACUCUGAAAAACUUCAGUCAAAUGUGGAAAAAGGUCUACUACCCAAUGUUGAUAUGGGGGUCUCAGUGUUUGAAGAAUAUAAUAAUCAAACCUCUUGCAACAUAAGAGAAAACAACACUGAUGUUAUCAUAGAUAGUAGUAGUAGAAAAAACAUUUUCCUCAAGUAUCUUCCAAAUCCAGCCCUAUCUGAUGUUAGGUGCACUUGUCAGACAGUUAAGGAGGAGCCCUCUGAGCCACAAAAGACAGUAUUUGAUAAGUCAUGCAUGUUGGAGUCAGAUUCUUGUGCUCUCAAAAAGAGCAAUAAAUUUAAUUGCCAACAGCAAGAACCAUCUGAAAUCUCAAUUGUUUCUACCAAGACAGCUGCCCAAGUAAUGCAUACCAAGCUAUCAAAGAGACUGUUUAAAGGUAAAAGAAAAACAAAGACUCUCAAAGUUACUCAGCCAGUUCUUGCAAAUGCUGAUAUUUCUAUGCCAACGAAAUGCUCAUCUGAGAUGAUAAAUAAAAUUAGGCAAGAGAUAGGUCCUCCUCUGCCCCCCUUGCUACUGCCUUUGAUUGCCAGUCCUCCUAAAACUGCUGGUACCAUGCCCCCAGUAAUGUCUUCUACAGGUCAAUCCUCUUUGCUGUCCCCGCUUGAUGGCCUGAUAUCCCCACUACACAAAACUCCUGUUCUUCCUCUCAUUUCUCCAUUAACAGAUACUCCAACAGUAAAAUCUGCUCUUUUAUUUUCUCCUUCCUCGCCCUCAGAAGUGGCAGUAGGUAGAAGGAUUUGCUCUUCACCUUUGAAAUUUUGUACUUCCAUUCCAAAGCAUGCACUUCCCGUUCCAGGAAGAUUUCCUCCCUUUGCAGCUGAUAGUGCUAAUCCAGGUGCUCCUCAAGAGAACUCUGUGAAAAUAUUGGACACUAUGUAUCCAGAGCUGUCUGCAAGGGCAAGGACACUAAACAUUCUGAAAGGCAAUAUUCAACUUAACAGAUGUGCUUUUUCAGACAGCCAAAGUUUGCCAGGACCUGUGUCUCAAAUAGGCGGAUUCAAAGCAAUUGCAUCUACAUCAACUGCUUUUGUUAAAACUGGAAGCAAUUUGAAAUCUGAUUGUAGCAAAGAUGAAGACAAAGAUAUGCAAAAUCAGCAAUUGUUUUCGAGUUCAUCAGAUCAUCUUGAAAAAAGGACACUAUUGCAGGUAUCUAUGCCAAGAAGUGCCAAGAGACUGAGGUUGGACAGUGAACCGUCAAAGCUGGAGCCCAGUGAUACUGCUGCUAUCAGAAAUACUAAAAAUACAAUCUCUGAAAUGCAGACAGUUUUCCAUGGUAAAAGCUGUGAAAUCAGUGAUUCAUCACACAGUUCCAGUUUAGAAGCAUCACUACCAGUAAAGAAGGUUAUUGAUUCUGACAGCCAGAAAGUUUCUUUGGCAUUAAAGAAAGUUGCUGAGUCCUGUUUUGACUUGUUACCAGUUAUUAAAGGUCACGUGUAUGUUGGCAAUAUCUCAAAGAUUCCAGUAAUGAGAAAUGAAGAGAAAGAAGUUGUCUAUGAAUUUGGUAUAAAAAACAAGCACUUAGCAGAGUCCUUGCUGCAUGUUAUUCUCAAUAAACUCAAGAGUCAGAAGAAUGCCACAAAUUACAGCUUCAAUCAGGCUCUGUGUCGAGUCUAUGCAGGAAUUUGUCAACAGUUGGGAGAUUUGGAAAGAGCUCGCCUUUUCUGCUAUAGCUUACUUAAAGAAGACUUUCCAGACUCAGAAAAAAUGAUUUUAUUUAUCACAAAUGUAUGGCCUGACAUCUUUGUCUUCCAAGGCGCAGUUAACAAAGCUAUGCAAUUAGUUGUCAGGCAGAGUGCAAGCAAUGAGAUGCUGGCCUGUUUGAGUGCUUACCUCAAUUGGGAACAGAGUUCCUCUUCAGAUGCUGUUCUUAUGGUCUCAAACCUGCUUUUAGAAAUGCAGUCAUGUACAAAAGUAGAAUUUCAAUUGAGUGAGCACUACGGAGAAGAUCUGAGUGAAGAUGCUUGGCAGUACAUAUUUGCUGUUGAUCUGCUCUGCUCUCACCUGAAGUGGGAUUGGACACAUGACAAUGUUAUAAGCAAAGUGCUUUGGCCUUCUAUGGAUAAUUGGGUAAAGAAGAGAAAGGGGCAGGAAACUGCUCAGUCCGUUCGUGAUAGUGUUAUAGCACUGACACUCAGGCUAAUUGGUCGAUUGGGCCAAAUAGGUUUGAAGGAAGGAUAUCUUGCUGCAGUGAAGAAUAUUAGUUCUGUAAUUGGACUGUUUGUACAGCAUACAAAAGAGGAAGGUGUUCCCUGGGGUGUGCAGCUGGCAGCCAUAUAUUCACUAUGUGACUUGGGUUCAAGCAAUCCAGAAGGUAUUGUUGAGGCCAUCCAUGCUUGGAGAGCAACAGUUCUUAAUGAAAUCCCUUCUGCUGUCAUAAGUGGCAUAGCUGAAAUCACUUCUCUAUGUGAAAUGGAGCUAAACUAGGGAAGUAGACUGAUCUGAAGGAAGAAGUGCCUUACCAACUAAGCAGUACUUGGUUCCAGUUAAAAACAAUACAGAGUGGUGUAUCUUCUUGUAUUUUAUGUUUUUAAACAGAAUGUCUGAUCAUGCAAAGCAAGCUCAAGUAUUUUUUUGGCUUUUCUGUUUGAGGAAAGAGGUUUUUAAGAAAUAAAUUAAAAUACUUACUUUUCAGUGAUCUGAAAACCCAGUACAUCCUUAACUUCUGAGAUAUUUCUGGUUUGAUGUCAAUAAAAAUCAGUAAUACUUUUCAUUCUUUUUCUUCCAUCAGUUUGGAGUAUGGGCUAUUUGACACAAAAGAAAAUUCAGCCUGACUUGGAAACUAGCUCUAUUAUUUUGUACUCUAUUUAUAAAGUAACCAUUCAGAUAGCAGAACUUUGCCCAGAUUCUGCUUUAUUUUGCUUGGGUAAUCUCAUAAAUUUAAAAUAUCUGUGCAAAACAGGUAGGAAUUGACUUUUUGUGUAGCAAUCAUGUAUAGAAUAAGAGAGAUAUUAAAUCUCUCAACUUGUAUAUAUGGUGUAUUCUAAUGUGUCUCACAUUUGGUAUUGUUCCACCUGGGAAAUUUUGUGUAUGUAAAUACAGAUUGGUUCAAAAAAAGUUCAUGUUUGUAAUGGUAGCUUGCUAGACUGGUUUUGUAUCUUUCAUAAUAAAAGAGAAAAACACCA